AUUGGGCUGAGUGAUGACAUAUUUAAACGUCCGUUCAAGUUCCUCAGCGGCAAUGAGAAGACGAAAACCCUUCUCUGUGCACUGAGCAUUUUAAAGCCUGACUUCAUUUUGCUGGAUGAACCAACAAAUCACCUGGACAAUAUAGGAAUUGAAUGGUUAGAGUCUUUUUUGAAAAGAUACACGGGCGCUGCUGUAAUUGUUACUCACGAUCGUAGUUUAAUCAAUGCAGUUUCAGACAUCAUUUCGGAACUGUCACCUCACACCAAGAAGUUUGCACAUUUUAAAGGUGGCUACAAGCACUACUUGGAAGAAGAAAGUAAGAGACGACUAAGAUUAAUUGAAGAGAGACGUUUCCAGGACAAGGUAGCUCAAGAAACUGAAGUCUAAGACUGCACAAGCACAAUCUAGAGUUAAGGCACGAAUAGUUAGGUCGGGGUCGGAUAGAGAUAAAUUAAGUUACAAUAAUAAAGAACAAAGGGCACAGAAGGGAAUUACGGGUCUUGUAAAUCAGAUGUCUGAUAAAGUUGAGCAGCUUAAUGAUAAUCUAGUAGAGGUUAUUCCUGAGAGAUUACAGGGUAUCUUUUCGAUUUCGAUGGUCUUUCUGCGUUCAGCUCUCUUUUGGGGAUAACUGUAGUUGAAGUAUCAAAAUCAUACCAAAAGCAAAUAUUCGCCAACGUAUCCUUUACGGUGGCAAAGGGUGAAAGACUGAUUAUCCAGGGACCCAACGGUUCUGGUAAAACCACUUUGAAUCGAAUUCUUAUGGGUCUUACUGAACCGGACCAUGGGUCAGUUUCUAUCAGCGGGAACGCAGUUGUUGGGUAUUUGGACCAGGAGCAAGAGAACCUUCCUUUGGAAAAGUCUCCGUUACAGCUAAUUGAGGAAGAUACCAAAAUCAAUGCCUCGAGGCAGACUGCAAUUCGUAAUUUUUGUGACUUCGGGAUCUAUAAAUGGCACGACUUAAAGACUCCUCUGAAGAACUUGAGUGUCGGGUGUCGCCGUAAAUCACAGCUUUGCCAGAUCAUUAUGCGAAAAUCCUCUAUACUUGUUUUGGAUGAGCCUACUAAUCACAUUGAUUUUCCUAACUUAGAAGUUAUUGAAGAUGCUUUAUUGACAUUUCCAGGUAUUAUUAUUGCAACUACACAUGACCGAUAUUUUACGGAAAAGCUUGCCACCAGAGUCAUAGAUCUGUCAAACUACGGUUCAAAAUAA